CUGCAGGAACGUCGCCCAUCGCUCGCGCGUCUGGUUUGGAUCACAAGCCCCCGUGAGUGGGGAGCUGGGACCAGCCACUCACACUGACGGCUCCGACUUGGAGCAAGUUUGCGGCCGCCAUGCCGACACACCGUCAGGAAACGCAGCGAGGGCUGGAGCUGCAUCUGCUGCUGCUUGGCGGCUUGGCGUGCCUUGUGGUCCCAUGGGGUGCAGUGGCAGUACGACUGCACCCGAGAGAUGCCACGAGUCUCGCCUUGCUGGCCAGCGAGUGGAAUGGCUUCAACGGCAGCGAAACGUGGGGGUUGCGCGACGUGGACUGCACUGCAAUGGAGGGCGUCUUCUGCGAUAAGGAUGGGUUCGUCGCUGCCAUAAUGCUUAAACUGAAGAACUUUGGAGCGCCAAUACCCGACAUGAUCAGCCGAUUCCAGCGCCUCAACACCCUGUCAGCUCUUGCUGCUUCAAUAUUCGCCAUGAGCAGCAUCCCUUUAUGUCAAGCACUUGUGCUACCGCUUUGUACUUUUUUCGCCUUGCUUUCUUGGGUGAGGCUAGAGCUGAGUAGCACGGCCGCUCAGGAUAUGAUGCCCUUGCUUUGCAUAGGCGUGUGGUGACAGUUUUUCUCGAUUAUGAAUGAACGCCAGUUAUGACUGCAUUGCUUUUGCCAACUUGCCACGAAUGAUAUACCAGCUUGUGGGUUUCGUUUUUCCUCUUUAACCAACCCCCCUGUGGCCCCGUGGAUGGGGGUAGAGUGGCGGAUUCACGAGGGCAGGCUGGCUGGCAGCAGCCAUCUGCUGGGAUCAUGGUCUCAGGUGUGCUCAGGAGCAUGCCUUACAUGGGUGGGAGGCAAGGAGGAGCUGAUGUAAAGGCGGUGCUCUCCACGGUUCGGACCCCACCCACCCAAUCUGGCCAGCUCCUCAGCCCUCCCCUCUAACCUUAACUUUCCCUACCCUCACUCCCAGCCUUUCUCACUGAACGCCGAUUUCCCUCCAAUUGCUGGCCCCUUGCCUCAUCUCUCAGAUUGCUUCUCGUGUGCGAAGUCACAGGUACCAUCCCUGAUGCCCUCUUCAGCCUGGAGCAACUGAACAUUCUUGUGUUAUCAGGCAAUCCCGUCACGGGGAAUCUUCCCAUGGGCUUUAGCCGCCUCACCAACUUGGAACUCCUUUAUCUUGCUAACAACCGGCUAUCAGGGCCAAUCACCCCGCUGUCCAACUUGCCACGACUCAAAGAACUAUUUCUUCCGCAGAAUUCUUUCAGCGGUUCUCUCCCCAGUGAGCUCGGCAAUUUCACCGCCCUCACUUGUUUGGACUUAAGUUACAACCUAUUAUCUGGAAGCAUUCCUUCAUCAAUGGGCAACAUGGCCUCUCUCCAGAGGCUUGAAUUGCUGUACAACAAGCUCACUGGCACCAUACCCGCCACUCUCAGUCGCCUGCACAGCCUCACAUACCUCGAUUUGGCAAGCAAUCGGCUGACAGGAUCAAUCCCUGACUCAAUUGGGUUCAUCUCUGCUCUCAAAUUCCUUGGGCUUAACCACAACCUUCUGCACGGCUCGAUUCCCGCUUCACUCGCAUCACUGCAGCAGCUGGAACGCCUAACACUCGGUGACAACCAGCUCUCGGGAGGCAUACCGGCUGUGCUGGGUGAUCUACCUGUUCUGCAAAACCUGGUGCUGUUUUCCAACCCACUGUCUGGAUCCAUCCCUACAGCCCUUGGGAAGCUCACCAAUCUCCUUGGCUUGUUCAUCACAGACAACCAGCUUCAUGGCACCGUCCCCAGCACUCUCAGCAAUCUCUCCAAGCUUCAAGAGUUGCUGCUGGGUAACAACCAGCUGUGCGGCCCCAUCGAUCCCAUCGUACGAGCCAUGAGGAACCUCUCUGUGCUGUUUCUCAGAGGAAGCCAGUUUUCCGGCCGUCUGCCCAGCGCUUCCAGUCCAAGCUUGACGCAGUAUCGAGUGGGUGGCAACUUCUUCUCGCAUGGCGAGGUCAAGUUCAGAAACUGCUCAGCAGUCGUGUGGGACACAUCUGGAAACUGCCUGGCUGGCUCUUUGAGAGUUUGCGGCCGUGCUUCCAACCAGAGGCCCGCUGCUGGAUGUGCUUCAUUCUGUGGGGUGGAGGUCGGUGCUGCUGACCCGCUGUGUGGGGGGCAUGGCUACUGCUCUGUGAACGCAUUCACCGCAGCCGGCGAGUGUGUGUGCGACCCCAACUACAUGCUCAACAGCAGCAACAGCAACGCCUGUGUGUCUGGAGCCGUUGGGGCAUCACUAGCGUCAGGCUCUGCCUAUGCGUCGCUCCGGGGCUCUGCCUCUGUGCUUUCCAACGGCUCCAUUCUGCUCACAGGUGGGGCGCCCAACCAGCAGGGUGCAGCGUUUGCCUCACCUGUCAUGCGCCUCUUCCAUAUCCCCGACAAGCGGUCUCCCUGCGGAACACAGCUGGGCUUCCUUGCUGCUUUCAGCUUUGCCAUGAGUCCCGGGGGGCAGGGGAGGGGUGGAGAGGGGCUCGCGUUUGUGGUGGCAGCAGCUUCUUCUGAAAAGGGGGCGAUUGUGGGGCUGGGAGGGGUGGGGCGGCGGAGUGUGGGAGUGGAGUUUGACUCGGUGCUGAGUGUGAAGCACAGCGACCCCAACGACAACCACGUGGGCGUCAAUGUGGGCGGCUCACCUGUGUCCCUCGCCUCUGCAACGGCCCCUCUCAUCCUCAACGACGCCCAAACCAAGCACGCCUGGAUCCACUACGAUCCCACCAGCGCCGGCACUCUCCGAGUCUUCCUCUCCUCCGACCCUGUGCAGCCCCUCACCCCCACCCUCACAGCGAGCGUGUCUCUCUGCUCCGCUCUCAAGCCCACUGCAUCCGACUCUCUCUUCCUCUUCGGCUUUGUGGCCCUCUCAGGCAGCCAGCCCCAAAGACAUGCCAUCUUCUCCUGGAGCUUCACCACAGGUAUGUCAGCUGAGGCCAGCACAUCAUGAGCUGACUCUAUGCCUUCCUGCUUGGAACGCCUGUUGGCUUCCACAUCAUGCUGCGUUGCGAUUUUGCGAGAAGUCCACAUCCCACUGGACUCUGAGGGCAUGUUUCUUCACCUCCUAUCGGAAUUCCCUCAUACUGUACUCCCCCGGAUAUACGCCCCUCCGUAGGUUAAGGCCUAUGGGCUUUAUCCCGUGCAUUGUUUUUUUUUUAUAUAUUUGUAUUUCAUUAAACGCCCCCUCUUGUUUUGGGGAAACCUGCACCAUAUACGCCCCCCCUGUUUUUCAAGGCCUAUUACGUGGUUGAGGGUUGAAAGCGUCAAAGUUGAAGAAGACAGGAGUGGAGUCCCUGUCUGCAGAGGUUGGUUGCGUUUCAGUGUUUUGGCGAGCGGUGCUCAUGCCGUCGAUCUUGAGAGAUUGAAGUCCUUCUUCAAGGGUUGACAUUCGUUGAAGUAUUUUUUCGAGGAGUCCAGUGGGGACGCAUGUUGUUGUCGCUGGAUUCGGAGUGUUUGCAGGUGCUUCAGGAGGAGGGGUUCCUUGCCCUCGUGAUCCCGAGCCUGGGGCCAUUUUGUGGUGGGAGUGGGUCACUGGCACCACAAUAUUUGAAUUUGAAUCCAAUUAAAAUUGUCGUGCAUU